GUGUUUAUUUUUGUGUUCGUUUACGUAUUAAAACGAUUAUAGUAACAUCAUCAUCAUCAUCAACUCAACGUUGAACCAUCUUAUUUCUUAUUAUCAUCAUUAAAUUGAAUUCAAGUGUGAUAUUUGGUCCAAUCUUAAUGCGAAUAGGGAUUUAUACCCAUUUCAUCCAAUUUUUUUUUUUAUUCGUGAUUUGGUGUUGCCAUUUUUAAUGAGUACGUUUUUUUUCGUCAUUCAUUUAUAUAUUUACCGGCAGCUGAUAAUUUAACAUUCACGAGGUUGAAAGCAACGAACCUUGCCACAAAUUAUUUUCCUUAUCACACUGUACUUUAUUCUAAUUCGUGUAUUUAGCCAACAUCAUUGUUUUUUUUUUUUGAAUUAGGUGUUUGAUAAAUUGAAAAUUUCUCUAGGUUUACUGAAUUUUUCCUGGAAUAUGAUAAUAUUGAAUCCUUAAUGGAAGUAUUAAUCAACGAUAAUAUGGCCACAUUUUAUUAAAAAGUGAAGAAUUUGAAAUCAUUUUUGCUACAAUCACAUGAAUUAUUUCAAAGCUAUCAAAUGACACGUUGACAAACAUUAUAAAUCGCAUUUUUCCGAAAUUUUUUUUCAAUCAACAAUUCAUAAUUCGAAUUUUAAUUCGAAAAUAAUAGAUUUAUGAAAUUUAUCGAAAUGAAUGAUGAAUUAAUUUCUUCAAGUGCUCCAUAAUAAGCUUUUUAUUUUUAUUCUUCAGUGCAAAACAAGCCGGAUAAAAUUUAGGAAUAUAAUUUUGGACACUUCAAGUUUUUUUGUUGUUUCGCUUGACCAACAACGAUUGUUGGUCACUUUUUCAACCAUAAAUAUCAAUAUCAAUAAUGGCCGACUAUCAACUUCUUGGUGAUACCUUUGGUUAUCACCCUGGUUAUGCUGCUGCAAAUGCAGUUCAGAAUCCAAGUCAACCACCAGGUCCUGGACAACCACCACCUGGAUUAGGUUUAAUGCCGCCUGGUAGUGUCGGACCAGUUCCAGGUCAACCGCCAUACCAUUCAUUGCAAACACCGUCUGGAUCUCAGCCCAGACCUGGUUAUCCACAAACCAGUGAUCCAUUAUCAAUGUCAAACAAGCUACAUCAAAGCUAUCCUGGUUAUGGUUCAGCAGCAACCCCUGCAUCGAUUAGUUCACAGUAUUCACAAAGUUACAUGCCACCCCCACCACCACAUGGAGCGAUGGAUUCAUAUCCAGGUUUAUCAAUGAGUCAGGCUUCACAUCUGGCAGCUUCAAGUGGUCACCAUUCAUUGGGCGGUUCGUACGGGCCACCACCCCCACAUCAAGCGGCUAUGAUGGCAGCCCACCAAUAUACCGGUCAAAGAUUACAUUCACCUAGUUCGUUACAUACGAGUGCUCGUCAUCCGACAAUGCCUUCACAAUAUUCACCUUACGCUUCAUCAUUACCUAAUUCUUCAUCUAGUUUUCAUGGUGGCAGUAGUACGAGUGAUUUGUGGUCGUCAUCUGGUCAGACUCCAAUGUCAUCGCAUUUGCAGCAAUUUACUAAUUUUCAAAGUCCAUCACAGACUACCCCCGGAACAACGAACAACUCAGCACCGACCUCAUCAACACUCAAUUCGUUACAUUCUAGUAGUUCGAGAAGUUCACAAUUCACCGCUGGCAGUGAUUAUGGUACUUCCAGUUCAAGUAACCCUUACUUCCCUAACCACAUGUCCAAUGAUCCAUCAUCAGCUUAUUCUACUAGUUAUGGAGCUGGAGCUACAGCUUCCGGCUCUCAAUCUCAGCCACAACCACCACCACCACCACCAUCAUCUAGUUCGCGAAGUUCAAGUUCAUCCAGAAGCCAACACCAGCAAUAUGGUAGCCAGCUUGGUUCCUACAACAAUAGUUCGCAAUCGACAACAUCAUCACAACAAUCGAUCCAAACAACUAUAGCUAAUCCGGUAGCGGCAGCAUCAGCUGUGAGCAAUUCAGCUGCUUCGAGGUUCUCACACUAUUCUUCAUAUGCUCCAAGUAUAUCAUCUUACGAUCCAGCAAGUCAAGCUCGAUUGUCACCGUAUUCUACGCCACCAACUAGUAGCAGUACGUCACAGACUCCGAACAGUCCACAAUAUCGUUCGGCCAGUGGUGGUGGUUAUCAAACGGGCUCAACAUCAACAGCACCUCAAUUGCCGGUGAAUAGUCCACGACGAACAACUGCCACAUCACCAUCAGGAUCACCAAUGCCGCCAACAUCUCAUACACCCGGUCCACCAUCAGUUGGAUCAAGUUCAACACAAAGUUCGAAUCAAGGCUCUUCAGCAUUUUCAACAAAUCCUUCUAGCUCGAGCCAUCAUCUACCGAAUUCGAUUGGUUCAACGAGCGCUGGAAAACCAUCCAGUCUUCAACAAUUGGAACAAAUGGUCAUGCCCCAUUUAGUUUCAGGAACCAGCAGCAAUACUUCAACGACGACAUCAAAAUCGACAAACAGUUCUUCAAAUAAUUCGAAUACGUUCUAUUCAUCGAAUGCAAAUUCAUCACCAAUAUCACCAUCUCAGUCACAAUCUCAAAGUAAAUUGUUUUCCCAUUAUUCAUCAUCCCCGUCGGCACCAAGCUCGCAAUUUCCUUACCAUCAAUAUUCACAACCAACUCCAACCCAACCAGGUGCAGGCAGUUGGCCACCGACCGCAUCAGGUAGUCCUAUGGCAGCUUCAAAUACUCAUACAUUAAAAUCAGUUGGACCUGGUGGUAUGAUGCAACCAUCGUUAGUCCACAGUGCUCAACAUUUAUCGUCAUCAUCUGCAUCGAAUAAGUCACACUCGACGAGUGCUAACGAUGGCAGUUUAAUUACGCCACCAUAUUCAUCAUAUAACAAUUCAACAUCAACAAAUAAAGGAUCAAAUGAUCUACCGGCCGAGAACAAUGAAUAUUCGCAAUCAACAUAUAACUCAUCAUCAUCAAAUUCACAUUCAUCAUCAUCAUCAUCAUCGAUACCCCAUUCCAUAACUCAAAGUAGUUACAUGAAUAGUUCCCUACCACCACCACCACCACCAUCUUCGUAUGAUUCUAUGUCCAGUCAACAAUCAAAACAAUCAUCUUUAAAAAAUGAAACAUCAUCAAUGUAUGAUCAUAAUAAAAGCUCCCGUUCAGUGAUUGAUCCAUUGUCAGGGGAUCAAUCACAAAUCUCGAAUUCCUAUCAUUCAAUGAUGCAAUCAUCAGCGUAUGGCAGUCAAUCAAUGCCAUAUCCUAAUCAUUCUCGCUAUGAUCAACCACCACCUCAUUCAAUGCAAUCAAGUCAAUAUGGUAUCUCAUCGGAGCUUUCAAAUUCUUCAUACAAUACAGCCGAUCAUGAUUCAGCUAUGCUUUAUGAUCCGUACAAUAUUGAUAAUGGUCUCGGUAUGCCUCCACAUCAAACCAUGUCCGAGUAUCGAGAAUCUCAAGCCAAUCUACAACAAUCUGGUGGCGUUCCACCGGACUAUCCACCAGCCGAUCCAUAUGCUGCCAAUUUUGAUGAUUAUGAAACAACCAGCAAAAGAAAGGGCAAAGGUCGGCCCAAAAAAGAUAAUGCAACUCCAAAAAAGGAACGCAAACCACGACAACCAAGAUCUCAGUCAACACGAGGACGUGGUCGCGGUCGAGGUAGCAAAGCUAUGAUGGAUCAUAUACCGUUACCUGGAAUUAUGUCUCAUGAAUAUGGUGGAUCACCGGUCAAUUAUGGUGGACCACCACCACCACCUUCAUUAGGUACUGGUCCAGGUGUAAAUGAUUCAGUCGACAUGUAUGCUUCCAGCAAUAUGGACAUGUAUAGUGCACAUCCAUCAGUUCUAAGUUCUUCAGCAUCCAAGGUGCCUUCGAAUUCUAUGUUACCUGUUACGCCGCCAACAAUCAAUUCAUCAGUAUUACCACAUCAGCAUCCACCACCGAAUUCUGAAUUAAUAUCCUCACCAUAUGGUUCUAAACCUACAUCUAUGCCAACAGUUCCAUCAUUGCCUCCAGUAAAUCAAAACAGUAGUCAUCAUAUGGCUACACCGCCAUCAUCAAACUCCAUGAGUAGUCGAUCGCCCAUUCUACCAGUGUCAUCAACUACAAUACCACCAUCGUCAUUGCCACCACCACCACCACCACCACCACCACCUCCUCCUCCUUCGUCGAUAUCUACUAAUCGAACGAAUUAUGAUUCUGUUCCAAUGGCAGAUAAUUCAUCAUCAUCAUCAUAUAAUUAUGUUAAUGAUGAGCCUAAGGUGCCUACUGUUUCAAGUGAUCAACAAUUGUCUGGUCUGAAUUGUUCAUCAAGUCUACCCAUUGUUUGUGAUAAUAAAGAUUUGGUGAGCACUAAUAGUAACAAAAAUGAACAAACGAUAACAAAAUCGAUAGUUUCAACUCAUUAUGAGGAUUCCAAUUUUUCAAUUGAUUCUGGAUCGUCGACGUCUGAUAUGAAUAAAGACAAUAUCAUCAACCAAUCUUCAGACCAGACUAGCCAAAUAGCUUCUGUUCCAGUCGCCUCGUCGUCACUGCCAGCAGUUUCACUGGACUCCAUAGACCGUAAUGAUAUAGAAAAGCAAAUGCCUCUUCCAUCAUUGCCACCGGUAUCAAUUCCUAUGAAUAAUCAUAAUUCGUCUCAAUCAUCAUCGAUAGAAAAUAAUUAUACUUCAGCAAUGGCAUCAUCAACCGUUCCGUCGUCAUCGGAAACAAUGUGUACGUCUAGUUUUGAAAAUGUUACAAAAGAACAUGAAACUAUAGCCACAUCUAAUGAUCAACUUUCAUCAGCAAGCAACAAUUUCGAUUCUAGUUAUUCGUCAAUUAAAACUUCAAACACAAUGCAUUCUAUUCCAACGAAUUCAAACCAGGUUGAUCUUGACACUUCCAUAAACAGUUUCACUGAUGAAACAAGUAUGCCGCAUGAUAACUAUACAUCAUCAACACCGCUUCCUGAAAAACCAAAAAAGAAGAGGAAACCUAAGAAAACAGAAAUUACUGACGAUACGAUUGAUACAAUUGACAAUGAAAAUGCCGAUGGUGAACCAAAAACAAAAAUAAAAAAGAAACGAUCUAAAAAAAUAAAACCUGAACAAUCGAUUGAUGAAAAUACAUUGGUUUCGACGGAUCUAGAUGAAAAAACUCAAUUCUCAACCUCAAAUUUUGAUAUGAAUAAUUCAAUCACAGAUAAUGAAGUCAAACCACCAAAACGAAUACGACCAAAGAAAAAGAAAUCACCCAAAAUUGAAGAAAAAUCCGAUGUUACUGCAGUGGAAAACGAAUCGCUUGUUUUGACUGAUAUCAAUGGUGGUGAAUCAACCAAUGCCGACAUAACACAAGUAGCAAGUACUGAAGAAGAAGUAAUCAAAAAGCCUAAAGUCAAGAACAGGGCACCAAAAAGAAAGCUACCGAAAUUGGCAUUAAAACUUAAACACAGCAAAAAACGUCGACGCGGAUUCGGAUCACCAGACAAUUCUGAUUUAGAAAAGACACCACCACCUUCGCCUGGUCCUGAAGAUGAAUCAGCUAUUCAUAAGAGGAGAUCAGCUCGUAACACGAAACGUCAACGAUAUAAUGAUGAUAUCGAUUUGGAUUUAUCCGAUGAGGAAUUUAUGCAAAAAUCUAAAAACGAUGAUCAAAGUCAGGUGAUGAAUGUACAACUCACUGAAGACACAAUGGUUGUGGAAAAAAUAUUGUCUAGUCGUAUGGCCAAACGUGAACUGGAACUAGAACCUGGUGAAAUGAAUGAUGCAGAAAGCAAAGAGCCAGUUUUUGUAGAUGUGGAAGAAUUUUAUGUCAAAUACAAAAAUCUUUCAUACUUGCAUUGCGAUUGGAAGACUGAAGAAGAAUUGGAAAAAGGUGACAGGCGUAUCAUUCAGAAACUACGUCGUUAUAAACAAAAGAAAGAUAUAAAUGUUUUUGAUUUUCUCGAUGAAGAACCAUUUAAUCCUGAUUAUGUAGAAGUUGAUCGAAUCUUAGAUGUAAACGAAAUCGAAGAAAUCAUAGAAGAAGAAAUCAAUGUUCCACAAGAGGAAUUAGCAGAUAAUGAUGAACAAAAAAAUGAACCGAAACCUGACUUAAGUGUCAAUAAUGAAAAAAUGGAUGUCGAUGAGAAACCAUCUGAUUCUGAGGUCAAGAGCGAUGAUAAAGUUACAUCAGAUUCAUCAAUCAAAGAAGAAAAAUUAGUUUCAGAAGUUGUUGUUGAUGAGAACAAAUCAAAUGAUGAAUCAGUUAAAAACAAGGACGAAGUCGACAAUAAAGAAUCGAUCCCGGAUGUUGAAGUUGAAAAUAUGGAAACUAACGAAAUCGAAUCUAAACCAAAUGAAAUUAAAGAAUCUCAGGAAUCGUCUGAAGAAAUAUCCGAAUCAAUUAAUUCAAAGGAAGAAGAAAAAGAAAAUAAGCUGGUAACGAACGAACCAAAAAAGGAACGUAAACGAAUCAUCAAGAAAACGAAAAUUGUUCGCCACUAUUUGGUCAAAUGGAGAGGAUUGUCAUAUGAAGAAAGUACCUGGGAAUUGGAAGACGAUAUCGAUGAUCGAGCAAAGAUUGAACAAUUCUGGAAAUUUCGUGAACCACCACCAAAAAGUGAAUGGAAAAUCAAAAAGAAGCCCAAAGCCAGUGAAUGGAAGAAAGUGGAACAAUCUCCAACUUAUAAAAAUGGUAACACUCUUCGAGAAUAUCAAUUAGAAGGUGUCAAUUGGCUAAGUUUUUGUUGGCACAAUGGACAAAACUGUAUCUUAGCCGAUGAGAUGGGUCUUGGAAAAACCAUUCAAUCCAUUACCUUUAUCCAAGAAAUGGUUCGCUAUGGAGUUCCAUAUCCAUAUUUGGUCAUUGCACCAUUAUCGACAAUCGGCAAUUGGCAAAGAGAAUUUGAAACGUGGACAGAUUUAAAUGUUGUCACCUAUCAUGGAAGUUCUCCUAGCCGUAAUAUGCUUCAAGAUUAUGAAAUGUAUUACAAAAAUGAAAAAAAUGAACGCAUACCUAAUGUAUACAAAUUUCAAGUGAUGAUCACCACAUUCGAAGUGAUUUUGACAGAUUGCCUUGAAUUGAGCAGCAUCAAAUGGGUUGCAUGCAUCAUUGAUGAAGCCCAUCGACUUAAAAAUCGCAAUUGUAAACUUUUAGAAGGAUUACUUAUGUUGGCAAUUGAUCAUCGUGUCCUUUUGACUGGUACACCAUUGCAAAACAAUGUCGAAGAAUUGUUUAGCCUUCUUCAUUUCCUUGAGCCAUCACAAUUCACUUCGAAUGAAAAUUUUAUGGCUGAAUUCGGUGAUCUCAAGACAGAAGCUCAGGUAGAUAAACUCAAAGCUAUUCUUAAACCAAUGAUGCUUCGUAGACUAAAAGAAGACGUGGAAAAAUCUUUGGCGCCUAAAGAAGAAACAAUCAUUGAGGUCGAAUUGACAAACGUACAGAAAAAAUAUUAUCGCGCCAUUUUAGAACGGAAUUUUCAAUUUCUUAGCAAAGGUGGUACCUAUGCUAACAUUCCUAAUCUUAUGAAUACAGUGAUGGAACUACGAAAAUGUUGCAUUCAUCCGUUUUUGAUCAAUGGUGCUGAAGAGCAAAUAUUGCAAGAAUUUCGCAGUACUCAUGCUGAUGAAUCAACAUUGAAUGCAAUCAUACAAGCAUCUGGUAAAUUAGUUCUUAUCGAUAAGUUGCUUCCUCGACUCAAAGAAAAUGGCCACCGCGUGUUAAUUUUUUCACAAAUGGUUCGUUGUUUGGACAUCCUCGAAGAUUAUCUCUGUCAAAAACGUUAUCCAUUUGAACGAAUUGAUGGAAGGGUUCGCGGUAAUUUACGUCAAGCUGCCAUUGAUCGAUUCAGCAAACCCGAUUCAGACAGAUUCGUGUUUCUAUUAUGUACGCGAGCUGGUGGUUUGGGUAUCAACUUGACAGCCGCCGAUACUGUCAUCAUUUUUGAUUCAGAUUGGAAUCCUCAAAAUGAUCUUCAAGCACAAGCUCGUUGUCAUCGUAUUGGCCAGAAAAAAUCGGUUAAAGUUUAUAGAUUGAUUUGUCGAAACACUUAUGAACGAGAAAUGUUUGACCGCGCCAGCCUGAAGCUUGGUCUUGAUAAAGCUGUAUUGCAAUCAAUCAAUGCUCAGAAAAAUCUGACUGCAGAAAAUCAAUUGAGCAAAAAAGAAAUUGAAGAUCUACUCCGUAAAGGUGCCUACGGUGCUUUGAUGGAAGACGAUGCAGCUGGCGACAAAUUCUGUGAAGAAGAUAUCGACAUGAUACUGCAAAGACGGACUACCAAGAUUGUUAUCGAAAGCGAAGGAAAGGGUUCCACUUUCUCUAAAGCUUCAUUCGCUACUUCUGAUAAUCGAACCGACAUUGAAAUUGACGAUCCUAAUUUCUGGGAGAAAUGGGCCAAAAAAGCCAAUUUUGAUGUAGAUGAAUUGAAGACCCGGAAUGAAUUGAUUGUUCAAGAACCUCGAAGAAGAACACAAACUAAACGUUUUGGUGCUGAUGAUGCUGUACUGGAUAUUUCCGAGCUUGACACUUCGACCGAUGAAGAAGAGGCUAUAUCAUCUAGAACACGUGGAAGUCGUAACCGAGUACCUAGUGGCAAAAAGAAACGCAAAGGUCGAUUUUAUGAUCCAGAACACGAUGAAGAUUAUGCUCAAGAAAUAGGAUUCGGAUGGACACGCUCAGAAUUCUUCAAAGUGGAAAAAGGUCUUCUUACAUUUGGUUGGGGAAGAUGGGAUGAAUGUGUCAUGCUAGCGAAAUUCAAACGAAAUCUAUCACAAGUUGAUGUUGAAGAUAUUUCUAGAGUGAUAUUGUUAUUUUCCCUCCAAAAUUACAAAGGUGAUGAAAAAGUUAAAUCAUUCAUUUUGGAUCUUAUUACUCCACCAUCAGAAAAGAGUGAGUCGUCUGAUUCGAAUACUAAACCAUCGUCAGAAAAUGAAUUAUGCAAAAGUCGACGAUCGAAAAAGAACAAAGGAAUAAUUAAACCGAUUUGUGAAGAAUUGGAAACUUUAGAUUGGGCCAAAAGUGAAAAAUAUAAUCCAGACAUUCAAAUGAUUGAUGAAACAUAUCGAAAACAUUUGUUACGACAUGCUAAUAAAAUUCUUUUACGUGUGCGACUAUUGUCCUACAUCAAAAGUGAAAUUAUUGGCGAUCUUCAUGAAAAAGUAUUCAACAGUCUUCAUGUUAGAGAUAUACCGCUUCCAUAUUGUCAACCUGAUUGUGAUCCACCUGCGCCCUGGUGGAACGAAGAAGCUGAUAAAUCUUUGAUUAUUGGUGUUUACAAACAUGGUUAUGAUCGUUACAAUUUAAUGCGACAAGAUCAAGCUUUGUGUUUUUUGGUACUUUGUGGUCCACCUGAUGGUGCAGCCUUAUUAGCAGAAAUUACAUCUGAAGAUGAUGUGGUAAAAAUGGACGAUGAUGAUGAACCAGAUACUCCAGCUACUCCUGCUACACCGGCUCAAGAACCCAAAGAUGAUAAAACUGAUAAAAUCAAGGAAAGUGAUGAUGCUAAAGAGAAAGAUUCCAAAGAACCACAACAAACGCAACAACAACAGCUGCAACAACAACCAGAACAAAAUUAUCUACCAUUUCCAACAUCUUCUGAAAUGAAUAAUCGUCUCCGUCGUUUGGUCACUUGUUAUCAACGAAGUUUCAAGAAAGAAGAAGCCCGAAUCGCUCAAAAAGCUCGACAUAUGCAACGUUUGGAAAGAUUGGAAAAGUUUGAAGCUGCCAUUAGAGAACGUGAAAAUAAAAAACGUGAACAAGCUCAAAAGAAAUGGUCUCGAAGAGAAGAAUCAGAUUUCUAUCGGGUUGUCUCUUCUUUUGGUAUCGAAUAUAACAAAAAGACUGAUGCAUUUGAUUGGACUCGAUUCCGGAUGUAUGCCAAAUUGGAAAAGAAAUUGGAUGAAACUUUGACGGAAUACUUUAAAGCUUUCCACGCUAUGUGUAAAAAAGUAGUUGGUCGACGAUUGACAGAAGAUGAAGAAAAUCUACCAAUCAGUGUUGAUCCCAUUACUGAAGAACGAGCCAAUCGAUGUCUGGCUAGAAUCGAACUUUUGAACAAAGUUCGAGAUGAAAUUCUCAGUCAUCCAGAAUUGAAUGAACGACUCAAACUUUGUCAAACACAAUUAGAUUUGCCCGAAUGGUGGGUCUGUGGCAAACACGAUAAAGAUUUAUUGAUAGGUGCCGCCAAAUAUGGACUUAAUCGUUUGGACUAUAAUCUAAUGAAUGAUACCGAACUUUCAUUCAUUGAGAUCGUUAGAAAUUUUGAAGCACAGACAGCAGCCGAAGAAAAAGCUGCCAAUGAAAAAGCCGGAUUUGAAAUGGAAAUACGAUCCAUCCUAAAUAAUGUGAUUGAUAAAAUUUCAAAACAAUUUGAAGAUCAGGAAUCUACAUCUGAAGUAGAUUUGGAAAAAAGUGAAUUGAAAGAAAUAAAGCCACUUAUUACAUCAUCAGAAUCUGACAUAUCUUCGACGUAUAUUCGUCCUCAAUUGAAAUGGCCCCGAGAUCGUGUGUUGCAAAUUCGAUUGGAAAAUGUUUGCUUAGCGGUUGAAAAGAAUGAAUGGCCAACAUUUAGAAGCAUUGCUACUGUGAUGCCUCAUUCAAACAAUACGCCAAGUAUAACAACAGCCGAUAGCUCACCACGGCCAAGUACACCAUGUAGUUUAUCCAGUGCUAGCCAAGAGCCGACACCACAUCCAACACCUGAUCAUACACCUCGUCAUGAAACGCAAUCUCCAUUUACUCCAAGUGAAUAUUUUUAUCCACCAAACACCGCCGCACCACCAGGACAAAUGAUCAAUAAUUUUGAUGAUUCCAAUAAAAAACGAAGACGUCGCCGCAGACGUUUCGAAAUGGACAACGAAAAAACAAAAUUGCAUAGCUUGCUCAAUGCAAAUUUGGAUCAGACUCAUAACCAAUCAACAUCGAAUAUCAAUAAUAGCAAAAUGAAUCCACUAAUGAUAACGUCCAGUUCACAUAUUCCACCUAUACAAAAUAAUCCGAAUACUUUUGCUUCAUCAUUGUUCAAAAAUACUAAAACGACUAAUUCAUUAUUGAAUAACAUACCAUCACAAUUUUUGACGCCAUUGCUCAAUAAUUUGCCAUUCAAUAUUCGUUCAACGCUUCGUGAGGAACUGUUAAAUGAUGAAAAAGCCGCAUCGAUUUUAUUUGGACCAUCAUUCCAAUCGACUUUAGCAGCAGCAGUGGCCAAUGUUUCCAAAGCACAAGCCGCCAAAUCUAAUGUUUCUGGAAAUGCUGUCAUUGCUGGACUAGAAACAACUUCAACAACAUCAAAAGGAGGCAUCCUUCAAUCUGGACCUCCUCCGGCGCAUCAAAGUUCAUCCAGAAAUGCUCUUUCAUUAGGAUCAUUAGAUUUAACAUCAAAAUUCAAAUCAGCAACGAGUGCAGUUUUGGAAAAAACAAGUGUCCAAUCAAAUCGUCCUAAUAUACCUGCUCCAUAUCCAGCUCAUAAACAACCUCUUAAGAAUCCUAAUGAAAAAGCUGAUGUUCUUGAUUUGAGUUCAGUUCCAUGUAAAAGUGGACCAAGUAAUAACAGAUCCAGCUCGAUGGCUAAUUUGCUAAGCCAGACAUUGAAGAAAUCAAAUUUUCCAGAUACACCAGCAGCAUCAGUUGCUAAUCCUAGUAAUCUACCCGUUAGUACUGGUAAAAAGAGAGGAAAGACUGGAAGUAGAAUCGAUGCCCUGGCUUUAAAUUUACAAGCCAAAAAAAUGAUGGAAGAAGUUAAACAUGUGGACAAUCCUGCCGGAUCCAAUAGAGCGUCUGCAUUGUCAAAUAAAUUUUCAACACAACAACAACAACAACAGUCCACGUCUACUGCUGUCACUUCCUCUGUUCAUACUCCAUCAACUAGUAAUUUAUCUAGGAAUUUGUUCAAUGAAAAAGACUUGUUGGCUGCAUUCACUAGUCUUUCAUCUCAACAGCAGCAUGAUAAACGCCAAUCGAAUACUUUGUUUGAUGAAUUGUCAAAAUCACCAUUAUUCCAUUCGGUUAAGAAAAAUACUUUGGCUAAUCUGACUCAACAAACCUCAUCUGCAACAUCUUCAAGUGUUUCAUCUAGCGUCAACACUAUGGGAACAAAAAAACCAUUGGCAGCUAGUGAUGUCAGCAAAGCAUAUUACAACAUGAUGGAAUCAUUUAAAUUAUUGAGCAAACAACCUCCGCCAUCAAAGCAAAUACCAUCAACAUCAUCAUCAUCAUCCGGAAGCGAUAAGAAUCCUUUGCUUGACCCCAAAGCCAAUAUGAUGAAACAGAAUCUCAAAGCUCUUCUGGAAGAAAAUCCCGAACUUUUAUCUCAAAGUUCUACAUUUCUUUCGAUUUUCAAUAACCCACUGUUUGCUCAAAGUUUGUCACAAGGAUCCAAUCAAUCGGCAUUGAAUUCUGCCGCCAAUGUAACACAACAGUCACAUUUGCCUCCACCACCACCAAUUCCUAGUGUUGAUGACAAAACAAAGAAUACACGAUCCAGUAAGCGGACUCGUGCUCAAUUCGAAGCUCAAUCUUCACCAUCAACAUCUUCACAUAACAAUGGCGGUGAUGAAUUAAUGGCCAAACGAUCGCUAAUGAAUGUUUCUGGCAUGUCAUCAUUAAUUGAUCCCAAAAAGUAUCUUUCAUCAUUAUUGGAAAAAAAUAAUGCUGAUUUAAAGAAUCUUAUGAAAGAUAAGUCUACUACUCAAGCACCAUUUAAAACACCGUCAGUAUCACCCAGUAGUUCAUCGUCGAUUCGUACUCGUACAAGCGACAAACGUGCUUCACAGACACCUAGUUCUUCAACGUCAACUAGAACCAGUAAUCCCAGUUUUGCUAACAUGAAUGCAUCAAAUCUGUUGAAUAAUCUUUCAUUGACUGCUGCUGCAGCCGCUACAACCGGAUCAUCAAGCAAACAGCAUCAGCAAGCAGCUUCUUCACUUCUGGCCAACACCUAUGUCAAUGCUUUGAAUGCGACCGGCAAGUCCAAUCCUAAUUUUGCAAAUUUCGCCAAUUUGGGUUUCAACAAUAACAUGCUUUCUGGACUUCCAUCAAUGAAAAUGUUUUUGGAUGCUGCUGCGGCCGCCGCUGCAGCAGUUUCAAAAGCAACUUCCUCAACAAAUACAACAAGCACAAGCAGUACAGUGACCUGCACUACUCCAGCAUCCACAACAACGUCAACAACACCAUCAUUAUCUUCAUUUGCCAAUCUAUUUGGCAUAAAUAAUCCAUUGUUUAAUUUUUCAAAUUUUUCCAAUCUGGCCAAUCUCAACCAAUCUGCUAAUAAGAAAGAUGGACCACUAGGCAAUGUUGAUUUCGCAUCUUUUGCAAACAGUUUAGCAUCUUCUGCUUCCACUAAUUUGAAUACUGGUGUGACAGAUGAUAAGGCAAAAUCAUCUGGUAAAAAUUCGUCAACUUCUGGUAACAACAGUAAGGGUAACAAAAACCCUUUGAAUUCGACGGCAGCUAACAUGCUCGGUUCAUCUGGCUUACCUUCGGCAUCAUUGCCGUUUUUGUACUCGAAUCCAAAUUUCCCAAUGCCUUCUUUGUAUCCAAUGAAUUUUGGUCUCACAUCUCCCUUUCUCAAUAAUCCCAACUUGAUGAAUGGUUUGGCCAAUUUUUCCAACGUAUUCACAUCAACAACCAGCACACCGACAUCAAGUUCUAAUGUAAAUCCAAAAAGCAAGCUCUCAUCAUCGUUAACGAAUAAAGGAAACAGUAAAUCUUCAAUGAAAUCGUCAAACACAUCCGCUACAUCUGGACACUCGUUAGCCAGUGGUCUUUUGACAAGUCCAGCUGGUGUACAUUCUACCAGCGCUGCAGCGGCAGCUGCUACUAUGGAUUCCGAUGAUGAAAGCCUCAAAUCAUUAAUGGCUAAUGAAGAUGAGGAAGAUCUUAAUGGCGAAUUCGAAAGAGAUACACCAGAAAAGAAUAUCGCUAAGACCAGAAACGCUAGCAAACGUAAUCGAUCGGCAAAACAAUCUUCGACAUCAUUAUCCAAUACAACGGUAUCAUCAAAAGAUUAUAAAAGUAAUCGCAAAUCAGCUGCUACCUCAAAAUGAACCAUAUUGCACUAUACAUGAACAUGGAUAAUUUGACUGAACUAUUGAUCUUAAUUCGUAUUUAUUGAAACAAAAAUUAUAUUACUGCAUAUUUUGUAAACAUCAAAUUCAAUUGUGAUAUUUUCGGCAUGAUUUUUUUUUAUUAAUUCAUCCCUCUUUCAUACAUAGUUGAGAUUGUCUAUUACAUUACAUUUAUUAUUCAAAUUAGCGAGAUUUGUUUUGUGAUAUCUGCUGAGCCAAUUCUGACAAAUACAAAAAAAAAAAAGAUGAUUGUAUUUAAAAAAAUAAUAUUAUAAAGAUCCUGACAAGAUCUUAUCUUUGACUGGAAAUAUUUCAUACACCCUGACCCAUCCUCAUUACACAACAACACAGCCCUAAUUUAGCAUAAAUUUUCACCAUUAAAAAAAAGUAUCAUCAUCAAUCAUCAUACCGAUUUGUAAAAAAAUCAAUUCACCUUGCAUGGCAACCUCACGUUUAUUAUCAUAAUGAUCACCUCGUUUUCAGAAACAAAAAUCACAUAUUCUCAUCGAGCCAUGAAAAUUUGUAGUAUUUCAAUUCGUGUUUUUAAAUUUUUAAAUUUGUAAAUAUAAUUCAUGUAAUGCACAUUGAUUUAAAAUAAUAAUAAUUUGAUGAUCCAAUCAA